UGUAAAAGCAUACAAGGCAAGCCCGUGCAGGGAUGUCCAAGAAACCCCAUCGACGAGACAAAACUCGAGGCGUGAACGUGGCAGCCAUUUUACAUCAUCAAGAGUGAAUGACUGAAGCCGGAUCAUUGCCGGGAGUUUUACACUUUUUCUGUCUUUUAAAUAUCACAUUUAUCUUCCUAAAUAAUCAACACCAUACACGUUGGUGAUCCAGCGGCAGAUACCGGAAACCAGGGCUCACUCUCUGAUGGAACACGUGUAUCAGCUAUCUAGUCUGUGCUGAAGUCAGCAGUGAGAAGAUUUCUGGAGACAUGGCCACAGAACAUAUUAAUGGAAAUGGUCCAGAAGAACCAAUGGACACCUCUGCUGCAGUUACCCAUUCUGAGCACUUCCAGACUUUAUUAGAAGCUGGUUUACCACAGAAAGUUGCUGAAAAACUAGAUGAAAUUUACAUAGCAGGUUUGGUGUCACACAGUGACUUAGAUGAUCGAGCAAUUGAAGCGCUAAAAGAAUUCAACGAGGAAGGUGCUCUGCAAGUCCUCUUGCAAUUUAAGGACAGCGACCUCUCACAUGUUCAGAACAAAAGUGCCUUUCUUUGUGGCGUGAUGAAGACCUACAGACAAAGAGAGAAACAAGGGACCAAAGUGUCAGAUACCAAUAAAGGACCAGAUGAAGCUAAAAUCAAAGCUUUGCUGGAGAGGACUGGCUACACACUUGAUGUGACAACAGGGCAGAGGAAGUAUGGAGGUCCCCCACCAGAGUCUGCUCACUCAGGGGUACAGCCCACUAUCGGUACAGAGAUAUUUGUAGGCAAAAUCCCCAGAGACCUCUUUGAGGAUGAGCUUGUUCCGCUGUUUGAGAAAGCUGGCCCCAUCUGGGACUUGCGCCUGAUGAUGGAUCCCCUCAGUGGCCUGAACAGAGGCUACGCCUUUGUCACUUUCUGCACUAAAGAAGCUGCACAGCAGGCUGUCAAAUUGUGCAACAACAAUGAAAUUCGACCAGGUAAACACAUCGGAGUGUGCAUCUCUGUGGCCAAUAAUAGACUGUUUGUUGGCUCCAUUCCCAAGAGUAAAACAAAAGAUCAAAUUGUUGAAGAAUUUGCAAAAGUCACAGAGGGUCUAAAUGAUGUCAUAUUGUACCACCAGCCUGACGACAAGAAGAAGAAUCGGGGCUUCUGCUUCCUGGAGUAUGAAGACCACAAGACUGCUGCUCAGGCCCGCCGCCGGCUGAUGAGCGGCAAGGUGAAGGUGUGGGGAAAUGUGGUCACCGUGGAGUGGGCUGAUCCCAUCGAGGACCCAGAUCCAGAGGUCAUGGCCAAGGUAAAAGUGCUGUUCGUGAGGAACUUAGCGAGCACGGUUACAGAGGAGAUACUUGAAAAGGCCUUCAGUCAGUUUGGCAAGCUUGAGCGAGUGAAAAAAUUGAAAGACUAUGCCUUCAUCCACUUCGAAGAAAGAGAUGGUGCUGUGAAGGCUUUGGCUGAUCUCAAUGGCAAAGACCUCGAGGGAGAGCACAUUGAAAUCGUCUUUGCCAAGCCCCCUGACCAGAAGAGAAAAGAGCGCAAAGCCCAGAGACAAGCUGCUAAAACACACAUGUAUGACGAAUACUAUUAUUACGGGCCUCCUCACAUGCCACCACCCACGAGAGGCAGGGGCCGCGGCGGGCGCGGAGGUUACUCGUACCCCCCUGACUAUUAUGGCUAUGAAGACUAUUACGAUUACUAUGGAUACGACUACCACAAUUACCGGGGCGGCUAUGAUGACCCGUACUACGGCUAUGAUGACUUCCAGGGGUCUGGGAGAGUACGAGGAGCGAGGGGAGGAGUCCGUGGCGGUGCUAGUCAGACCAGGGGCCGCGGUGGCGUCACACCGAGGGGUCGAGUGAGCUUCUCCCAGCGAGGAGGCCCUGGAACAAGCAGAGCAGGGAAACGGGGCCGAGGGCGGUCCUGACCUGUCACAGUGGGUACUGACUUGAUGUGUGGGGUUACACCGUAAGCUGCAAUGGAUGUUGAAACAAAAGAGCACGACAAAAGGUCCAAUGAUAUUCCAGCCUUACAGAAGAAGCAUCUCCCCUCCCCCCAUUUUUUAAAUUUUUUUUUCCUUUUCUGAAACUGCCACCUUAAAAAGAUGACCGGAGGAUUCUAAAUACUCGCCACAGCCUCUUUGCCCCAAGCCCUUGCACCCAGCCCUGAUUUACAGGGCCCCAUGUAUUGCCCUUACAAUCUACCCCUUCCCUGUCCCUGAACAUGCCAUUUUUAAAUAAUUAUUGAAGAAAUUGCACUUUUUUAAGUUCUUGGGUUUGAAGUGGCUCAAAGGAGCUUGAUGCUAUUGUAUAUUUUUGUGCUAAUCGCAAUUUUUAUUGUCGGAAUAUCCAUGUUCUUAAUCGUUUGAUCUGGGUGUUUGACAGAGAACAUUUGCAGGUUUUUAGGGUGUACCCACCUGGCAUGGAUAAGUCAGGCAUUCCAUGAAAGUGGUUCUUUUCAGAACUUGUCUUUAAAGGGUUGGUUGACUACCUCAGUACAGAGGACUAAACUACCCGGCCUGUACUGUAAAUAGGGAAACUAUAUUGAUGAAAGCAGGGCUUGUUUUCAUACAAAAUAUGCACAAGAGCUGCAGCGCAAGAAAAAUGUACUUAAUGUAAGUCAUUUUAGCUGCAGCUCUGACACUGCAAACAGUCAAACUGGGCAUGCAAAACAAUCUCAUGUGAUGAGUCUGAACAAGCCCUGCUUUUGUCCUAUUUUGAACUGAAUUAGCUGCCUUGCUUCUUCAGAGUAUGUAGUUACUGGUUGUAUAGUUUUUCGGAUAAAAUGUUACUUUUGUAAAGGCUUCAAGAUCACAGGCAUCCAACUGCCUUUUGAUUUAAAAAAAAAAAAUGAAAAAACAAAAAUAAAGCCCUGCAGUGUCCCUUU